GGCUUCAAUUAGCGUUCCUCCGACGGAUCCCUGACGUGGACAUUUUUCAUUUUUUCCUCUCAGCCUCCGUGGAAUUUUCUCAUGUGUGUUUUUCUUUGCGCAUAGAGCGUGGACGCAGCUGAGGUGUGUUUGAGAAAUUGGGCUAUUUCGGAGAUUAUAGAAUAAACGCUCGUUGAAUGGGAACCACCAACACAGAGGCACUGCUACCUUUCCCUCAUCUCGACAAACAGGCUCACUCUUCAGUUGGUGAGAUUUGCGCACCCGAGACCGGAGCCGGUGUCUGCGCUCUGCCGGGUCGGGCGCGAGUCGUCAGGGAGGAGUAGGCAGGAUGGAGGCGUUUUUUGCAGAGGGUGCCCGCGUUUGGGUCAGGGAGAAGGAGCAGCUGCUUCCAGCCACCGUCAACUCCUGUGGAGAUGGAACCCUUGUGGUCACAACAGAUUAUGGGGAGGUGUUUUACUUGCAGCAGGCCGAGGUCACCAGGGAGCGAGUGUACGCUAUGCACCAGUCAAGCAUCGAUGGGGUGGAGGACAUGUCAGCACUUGCUGAGCUGCACGAAGCCGCUAUCAUGCACAACCUUUACCAACGCUACCAGAAGGAUAGCAUCUAUACUAACAUCGGCAGCAUCCUGGCAGCUGUCAACCCAUACAAGCAGAUCCCUGGUCUGUAUGACCUAGAGAGGGUGGACUUGUACUCCAAGCACCAUCUGGGGGAGCUCCCUCCACACAUUUUUGCUGUAGCCAAUGAAUGCUACCGCUGCAUCUGGAAACGCCACGACAGCCAGUGCAUCCUCAUCAGUGGGGAAUCAGGAGCAGGGAAGACUGAAAGCACCAAACUGCUGUUGCAGUUUCUGUCGGUGAUGAGCCAGAACUCAGCCGGAACUCCUCCCUCAGAGAAAAGCACGCGGGUGGAGCAAGCCAUCGUACAGAGCAGUCCCAUCAUGGAAGCUUUUGGUAAUGCUAAGACUGUUUACAACAACAACUCCAGUCGCUUUGGGAAGUUCAUCCAACUUCACUUCUCUGAGAGUGGCAACAUCCAAGGAGGCUGUGUCAUAGAUUAUUUACUUGAAAAGAACCGCGUGGUACGACAAAACCCCGGAGAGCGAAACUACCACAUCUUCUAUGCUCUGCUGGCAGGAGCUAGUAAAGAGCAAAAAAGCCUCUACUUCCUGGAGGAUCCCGCUGAAUCUUACCACUACCUCAGCCAAUCAGGAUGUCUUAAGGACAAGAGUCUAAAUGACAAAGAGCUGUUUAACAGUGUUAUGGAGGCGCUGAAGGUCUUGGAGUUUACGGAGGAGGAGAUCAGAGACAUGUUUAAGCUGCUGUCGGGAGUCUUACAACUUGGCAACAUUGAGUUCAUGACUGCAGGAGGAGCUCAGAUCACCACCAAGCAAGUGGUUACCAAUGCCAGUGAGCUGUUGGGGCUGGAUGCCUUCCAGCUGUCUGAAGUCAUGACUCAGCGCUCCAUAAUCCUCAGAGGAGAGGAAAUCUGUUCCCCGCUUACUAUUGAGCAGGCUAUUGAUUCCCGGGACUCUGUCGCCAUGGCGUUAUAUUCCCAGUGUUUCUCCUGGAUCAUCCUCAAGAUUAAUCAGAAGAUUAAAGGGAAGGAAAACUUCAAAUCCAUCGGCAUCCUUGACAUCUUUGGCUUUGAGAACUUUGAGGUCAACCGGUUUGAGCAGUUUAACAUCAAUUAUGCCAACGAGAAGCUUCAGGAGUACUUCAACAAGCACAUCUUCUCUCUGGAGCAGCUGGAGUACAACCGGGAAGGUGUUCAGUGGGAAGCAAUUGAUUGGAUGGACAAUGCAGAGUGUCUUGACCUUAUAGAGAAGAAAUUGGGCUUGUUGGCACUAGUGAAUGAAGAGAGCCGAUUCCCCAAAGGAACAGACUUCACUCUGCUGGAGAAGUUGCACAGCCGACACUCUACAAACCCUUACUAUGUCAAGCCCAGACUUGCUGAUCAUCAGUUUGGUAUCAAACAUUAUGCUGGAGAGGUCCUCUAUGAUGUCAGAGGAAUCCUGGAGAAGAACAGAGACACAUUCAGAGAUGACAUCCUGAACAUGCUCAAGGACAGCAGACUGGACUUCAUCUACGACUUGUUUGAAAAGGUCGGCAGCAGGAACAAUGAGGAGAAGAUGGGAACAGCCCGACGUAAACCUACAGUGAGCUCCCAGUUCAGGGACUCUCUUCAUGCUCUUAUGGCCACUCUGAGUGUUUCCAAUCCUUUCUUCAUUCGCUGCAUUAAGCCCAACAUGGAAAAGACUCCAAAUGUGUUUGACCCAGAGGUCGUGCUGAAUCAGCUGAGGUAUUCUGGGAUGUUGGAGACCGUGAAGAUCCGUCGUGCUGGCUUCCCAGUUCGCAGAACAUUCAAAGAUUUCUUCUCUCGUUAUAAGAUCAUUCUGAAAGAAAAGGUGCCGACAGCAGGAGAUGAUAAGAAGAGAACCACGGACCUUCUAACCAAAUAUGAUAAGACCAAGAAGGAGUGGCAGUUAGGCAAGACUAAGGUGUUCAUGAAAGAGUCUUUGGAGCAGCGGUUAGAGAAAGACAGAGAUGAAGUCCGCCGCCAAGCCGCCAUGAUAAUCCGAGCCCACCUACUCACUUUCUCUGCUAAGAAGUACUUCAAACGUGCACGUGCCAGCGUCAUCACCCUCCAGAAACACUUACGAAGGCACAUCCAACGCAAACGGUUUGUGAAGCAGCGCAAGGCAGCGGUGGUGCUGCAGAAACACCGACGAGGUCAGGUGGCGCGUGCUCACGUUCGAAAACUGAGAGGGGAAAAGAAGAAGAAGGAGGAAGAGCAAAAGACGAAGGAGGAAGAGGAGAAGGAGAAAACGCUGGGCGAAGGGGAGACGGAGGAAGCGAAAGAGGGAGCAGAGAAAAAGGAUGAAGCUCGCCAAAUGGAGGAGAUCCUGCAGCUCGAGAGAGAGAUUGAGCGCUUGCAGAAGAAGAGGGAGGAUGAAGUGUCGCAACUCUGUGAGUCGUCCAAGCAGGAGCUGCAGCUGCGCCGGGACGCUGAGCUCAAGCGGAUGAAAAAGGAGGCAUCGCGCAAGGCCACGGAGCUCAUCGACCUCCUGAACUUUGGAGGCGUUGAUCCCUCACUGGGAGCAGUCGGGGCUAAGCCCGCUGCAGAGGUGAAAGCUCCAAAAGGUGCCAGCACCACCAGAGGAGCAUCCAAAGAAGAGGAUGUAGACGAAGGUUUUCAUGCUGAGGAGGAGUGUAUCCCCCUGCCUGACUUCCCUCCCCCUGCUGAGACAGAUGCUCCUGUGGAUCAGGACAUAUUUGCCCAACUCCCUCCUCCGCCACCUGCCUUUGCAGAGGGAACAGUGCCCCCUGCACCACCUCCUCCGCCCCCCCUUCCCUCAGACGACAUGCUUGCAGGUGGAAUUCCUCCUCCUCCUCCCCUCCCUCCACCCGGAGAUGGCACCACUGUGCCUCCACCACCGCCUCCACCUGGAGAGGAGGAGAAGAAAGAGCCAGAAAGGAAAGUGAGCAUGGUGGACAGCCUUGUAGAUGGCGAGGAGCCGAUCUACAGCAUGCCGGCCGACACAGAAUCAGAUUACGACCAAGAAGAGGAGGAGGGGUCAGUCACCGCCGGAGACGACAGCUCCGUGUCGGGAAGCAACCGAGGGAGCGCGGCUGUGACGGACGAGGAGCACCCCAGGAAGUCGACCUGCACCAACGCCAGCAUCGAGUCCUACAGAGGCAGCUCUGACUCUGUGAGGACACACACUUACACGCAUCCUCACAAGCGUGCACGCAGAUAUUAUGCAGACAGUGAUGAUGAACAUGACGGCAUGAUGGACACUGAUGAAGAAGUGACAAAUGGCAGGGUGACUUUGCUCAAUGGAAACGGGCCACCAUAUUUCCACGGCUACCUCUACAUGAAGGCUGGUCUCAUGAUCCCAUGGAGGAGGCGCUGGUGCGUGUUAAAGGACGAGACCUUCAUGUGGUUCCGGUCCAAACAAGAGUCUCUGAAAUCUGGCUGGCUCUACAAGAAAGGAGGAGGACUGUCCACUUUGUCACGGAGGAAUUGGAAGAUGCGCUGGUUUGUUCUGAGGGACAGCAAGCUAAUGUACUACGACAACGACAGUGAGGAGAAGCUCAAGGGAACCAUCGACAUCCGAGCAGCCAAGGAGAUUGUGGAUAACCAUGAAAAGGAGAACGCUCUGAACAUUGUGACAGAUGAGAGGACAUACCAAGUGUUCGCAGAGUCGCCAGAGGAUGCGAGUGGGUGGUUCAACGUGCUCAGUAAGGUCCGAGUGUGCACUCCCGAGCAGCUGCUGGAGAUGUCCCAUGAACAGGCCAACCCCAAAAAUGCUGUGGGAACUCUUGAUGUGGGAUUGAUUGACUCAGUUUGUGCAUCAGACAACCCUGAUCGGCCGAACUCUUUCGUCAUCAUUACGGCCAAUCGUGUGAUCCACUGCAACAGCGACACACCAGAGGAGAUGCAUCACUGGAUCAGUCUGCUGCAGAAACCCAAAGGAGACGCCAGGAUAGAUGGACAGGAGUUCCUUGUCAGAGGGUGGCUCCAAAAGGAGAUGAAGACAAAUGCCAAGAGCACCUCCCUGAAGCUGAAGAAGCGCUGGUUUGUUUUGACCCACAACUCCCUGGAUUACUACAAGAGCUCAGAGAAAAACUCCUCCAAGAUGGGAACUCUGGUCCUUAAUUCCCUCUGUUCUGUCAUUCAGCCAGAUGAACGAGUGCACAGGGAGACAGGCUACUGGAACAUUAUCGUGUACGGGAGGAAGCAUUCCUACCGUCUUUAUACUAAGAUGCUGAAUGAAGCCAUGAGGUGGACAGCUGCUAUACAGGGAGUCAUAGACAGCAAGACCCCAAUAGAAACACCAACUCUGCAGCUCAUCAGAGACAUCAAGGAAAAUAGUGUGAACCCAGAAAUAGUGGAGCAGAUGUACAGGAGGAACCCCAUCCUCAGAUACACACAGCAUCCUCUGCACGCGCCUCUACUGCCCCUCCCUUACGGAGAGGUCACCAGCUUGCAAAGGCAGCAGGGUUACGCCAGUCUGCAGGAUGAGGCCGUGCGAGUUUUCAACUCACUACAGGAGAUGGAGACACUGGCAGACACGGUGCCCAUCAUUCAGGGCAUCCUGCAGACCUGUCAGGACCUGCGCCCUCUCAGGGAUGAGGUUUAUUGCCAGGUGAUCAAGCAGACCAAUCAUGUGCCUCAGCCUAACAGUCCAGCCAAUCGUGCACACUGGCAUCUGCUCACCUGCAUGAGCUGCACCUUCCUACCCAGUCGAGCCAUCCUCAGAUACCUCCGCUUCCACCUCAAGAGGAUACGUGAGCGUUAUCCAGGCGCGGAGAUCGAGCGGUAUGCCACCUUCAUUGGAGAAUCGCUGAAGAAGACCAAAACUCGUGAGUUUGUUCCCUCUCAGGAGGAGAUCGCCGCCCUGCUGCUGAGGCAGGAGAUGAGCACUACUGUCUACUGCCAUGGAGGAGGUUCCUGCAAGAUCUCCAUCAACUCACACACCACUGCUGGAGAGGUUGUAGAGAAGCUGAUCAGAGGUCUGGCCAUGGAGGAAAGCAAGAAUCUGUUUUCUCUGUUUGAACACAACGGCUUCACAGACCGAGCUCUGGAGAGCAGAGUGAUUGUGGCAGAUGUUCUGGCCAAGUUCGAGAGACUGGCAGGCAGUGAAGAAGAGGAGGAGGAAGGAGAAUGGAAACUCUACUUUAAACUGUACUGUUUCUUGGAUGUAGAGAGCAUGCCCAAAGAGGGAGUGGAGUUUGCCUUCAUGUUUGAACAGGCGCACGAAUCUUUGAUAAGUGGUCACUUUCCGGCCUCGGAGGAAACGCUGCAGCACCUGGCCGCUUUACGUCUUCAGUAUCUCCAUGGUGAUGGGGCAGGUCGAGCCGGGUGGAGCCUGGGGAGCGUCUACCCAAUUGGACGUCUGCGCAACCGCAUUUUGCACUCCACCAAACCGGGUGUGGGGGUGGCAGGUGGAGCUGGAGGGGCUGGAGGUGUUGGAGCUGUAGAUGGAAAAGGCGUGGCAGUAGGACAAGGUGGUGUCGGGACCGGCGUAGAGAAACGAAAGACUCCGAGCUUCCUGGAUGGCACCCUCAGGAGAAGUUUCAAGACUGGUUCACUGAAGAAGCAGAAGAUGGAGGAUGAGCAAAUGCUUGAGAUGUGGGUGAAGGAGGAGACGUCUGCCACACGGACCAGCGUGCUCGAGAAGUGGACUCGUCUGCAGGGCAUGCCGCAGCAUCAGGCCAUGCUGAAAUACAUGAGCAUCAUUAAGGAGUGGCCAGGAUAUGGCUCCACUCUAUUUGAUGUGGAGUGUAAAGAGGGAGGUUUCCCUCAUGAUCUGUGGCUGGGUGUGAGCGCCGACAACGUGUCUGUGUAUAAACGAGGGGAACCCAAACCGCUCGAGACCUUCCAGUACGAACACAUCACCUUCUUUGGAGCGUCACAGCCCUGCACCUACAAGAUCAUCGUGGAUGAGAGGGAGAUGUACUUUGAGACUCCACUGGUCGGAGAGAUCACCAAGAUUAUGCGGGCCUACAUCAACAUGGUGGUGAAGAAACGCUGCAGCAUCAUGUCUGUGUCCAGUGUUGCCAGUGCCUGGGUCAGGUGAUCUCUCCCAGCCAGUCAAAGCUCUUCGUUCAUCCAUCUAGUGACACCAGACGCCUUGGCCCCUUGCAUUGGUUGGUUGUGUUUUAUAAAGGGCAGUUGCACCAACCAGCUCAACCUCCCAAGUUGAAUCAUGAGCAGGGAAUGAGCAUCAAUUACAAAAAUGGGGGAAAAGUGGACACAGAAGCCAAAUGCACACUCAACUGGCCUGGAGAUCUAUUAAUAACGUAACAUGAAAUAGCAUGAAAAAAAAAAACUGUUUUGGGGGGCUGUCCUAUCAAAUACAUAACCCUCAGCGGUAGUCCUGCAUGUAGAUGUUCAAGCACACACCAAACUCUCCGUUUUUGGACAAAUUCAGAAACAACAAGCACAAAGCAGCCACCCAGUCCCAGUCAGCCCCAGGUGGCUCCUCCAACCCCCAUUGCACUGCCAGACAGAAGAAAGCCACACUUUCUCAGUUUUGUUAGUUUCUAUCUCACUUCUCCUCUAAUUUCCGAGUCUCUCUCUUUCUCUUUAUGUAUCCUCACUCUUUGUUUGCGGUUGCUGUUAAGUUAAAAUGCUAAAUUCUUGUUCUUGCUUGCUUUCUCUGUCUGUUAUCGAUAACAUCAGCUCUGUCACGUCUGAGGAAAAGGACUCGGUGAUUCGUCACCAAACCACAUAGUGUUCACCUGCUCACUCGUCAGCGCCACUGUGUGGCCACAAGAAGAAAACUCAGCCAAAGGAAGCGGCUUUAAGUAUUUAAAAAAAAAUCCUAUAAAUAUUCCAGAGAAGAAAGAUUUACUUUGGAUGCUCUCCAAAGUAUGUGCAUGGCUACGAGCCUCACUUGGCUCUGCAAGAACAAUAUCCAGAACAAUGGUCAGAAAAAAACCCAACAAACGUUCCUCUAUUUAUGUCUACAUGUCACACGAGCUGGAUAAAUGUGUAGAUUCGCCUACGUGCGCACAUAAACUGAACAAACAUGUAUCAUUUUGUAUCGUAUAUCACGCAUUAUAAUAAGAAUUAUUGUUACAUUUUUGGUGGCCACUGCACUGUACAGUAUAUAAAUGCCAUACUAAAUGCAAUGUGACACCUGCCAUGUAAGAUACAUGCAAGUGAUUGGUGUUAAUAAUGACCACUGUAUGUCUGAAUAUGAUGCCAAUUCUGUACACUGGCUGUGCCAUUAAUGUGACUCACAGAGACGUAAGAGUAAGAUAAAAAAAAAAAAGAAAACAGACUAUAGUGAGUCUGGCUGCUAUCGUGGUCAUAUUUCUAACAGCAUUUUGAUGAAUUUAUCAUUGUUGUUAUUUGCUGGAAUCACUCUGAAGAAUUAAUUGGAGCCAUGAAAUCCUGUCUAUCCUCAUCUGCUCAAGCUAUUCUCAUUUUUUUCUUCAACGAGGAGAUCAGGAGACUUAAGCAAAAAUGCACACAACCUUGUUUGUCUGUGUUUUCAGCCUAUUUAUGAACAUGUGAUUUUUAUUUAUAAAAUUACUGAUAAUACUGUUAUUACUGUAUUCCCCCUAUCUUAGCCAACCUAAAGUGCUGUGUCUGCAUUGCUGCUGUGUGUGUGAGUGUAUUAAUGGCGUAAACCGUUGGAUACGAGAAGGGAAAUGAGAAAAGAGAAGUGAUACUACUGAGUGUAUUCCUUGAAAAAAAAGAGAUGAAUUUACAUGAGUAACUUUUGCGAAGAAUGGUGUUGUAAUUGUGAGUUAACGGGAAAAGCAUGGAAUAUCAGGGGAGGGUUGAGGGGUUGUUUAUUUCCUAUUGUACUGUAUGUGUUGCAAAGUUUGUUCAGGAAGAAUGAAAAUAUGCUUUUGGUUAUUCUUUUUUUUCUGCAUCAGUGUACGAGAAGCAGAUAUGACACUGUGAGGACACGGGCUUGGAAAUAGUUUAAUUGUGCACUUGGAAUGCUGAAAUUCAUCACUGCUUUGUGUGUGUGUGUGUGUGCGUGUGUUCUUUGGACUCGAAUUGAACAAGGUCACCUGAUGCUGUGCAUUGCAGCUAGAUGGCACUCACGUCAAACAACUGCAGAGAGCACUGUAAACAAAGUGUUCCCACAAAGCAGAUAUCCACUGGGAGUGCUCGCAUAGCAUGGAAAAUUACAGUCCAGCAUCACAACAUGCUCCAGUUAUUUGUCUUAUCUGGUUUAGAUGAAGUUUCUAAACUCGUUUCUGUGGCAAUAAGAUUUUCAGGAAUUGCCCCAAAGACAGAUCUGGUUUGGCUUUUCACACCAGACACUAAAGUGAAGUUCUUCAGGUGAAAUAUGUUGUUGUUUUUCUAGUUCAUCGCAUACUGUACAGGGCGACAGCAAUGAUUUUAGAAAAACUGAGGCUGUGAAUCCAAGAUCCCUCCAACCCCUCUGAAGUGUUGCCCAGUAACCAAAAAUAAGUUUAUCCACAGAUUUAAUGGGAAAAAAAUCUGAAUUGCUUCUUUAAAUUUAACAAUUUAAAGUCUAAGAAUAUUGAAAUCAGUCUCUACUACAUGUAAAGUUCUCCAAAUUUUAAUAACCUCAGUGUCUUUAAUCAUAGCUACGGCCUGAAAGCAUACACACAGCCCACUGGGAUCCUGCCUGUAGAUUUAGAAUAAGCAGAACUCACUCACAGGUUCCACUUUGAACUUUUGGUUAAUUUAGUUUCAUCUAAAAAAAAAAAAAAGGAGUGAAAAACUGGAAAAUUAAAGUUCACAAGCCAUAAAUCCUGAGGACCCUGGAGCUGUGAGAUCUGGUUAUUCUACAUCUGUGGUUCUGUCUGUCACUGAUAUUACACUGAGUAAGAAGAACUUGCCCUGUAGUUACUGAAAUGUGAUCAGCAUGUUUCUUAAUGGAAAUUCUGAUUACAAAUCUGUCUUCAAGGGCAACUUCAUCACAAAGGGUCCUGUUAUCAGCCGCAGGCGGCCAAAGUGGGGCCCACUCUUAUCUUGUGUUACGCUUAUUAUCACCUUUACAUAGUAAAACAUUGUGCUUGUUUAAACAAAAAAAGAAAAACAAAAAAAGAGAGAAAGAGAGAGAUAUGUGUGUUCUUUUUUUUAUUUGUAACUGGCUUUACAAAAUUAUGCUUUAAUAAAUUAUUGAAAAUGGUCCUAUA